AUGGAAACCCUGGUGUCGGGGUGGAUGACCAGGGCUGGACUCCUGCUGCUGCCCCUUCUCCUCUGCUUUGGGCCAGAGACUGUCGAGAGCAUCAACCCUGUCACUCUCGGAGAGAUUGUGGAUCAUGUAGAUAAGGAUGGGUUGGCUGUUGAAUAUGCCUUCGCCGUCAGCCUGGAGAAAGCCACUUGUGAGAACCCAUCUGGUCUGGAACAGGUGCUGCCCAGGAACAAGCUGUGGGACAUGCAGGCAGCCAUUAACCAAGAGGACAACCUGGAUGACCCAGAUGAAGGGCACAUUGUGGCUCCCCGGAUGAAGAAGCAGGGCGACCAGAACAGCUCGGUGCAGAAGCUACUGGUCCGGACCUACAAUAAGAGAAGCUGCCUGAUCUUCUUCACCAUCCACUCACCCUGCGCGGGGACGUGCCUGCUGGGGAAGAGGCCCCACAACAUCCUAUGGCUGGUGAGCUACAUCUUCUGCCCCAUCGACCACAACUACAAGGCCUUCAUCUUCCGGCAGGCUCGGGACCUGGGUCCCAAAAGCCUGCUGGAGGCCUGGCACCGGCUGCCCAACAUGCCCCUGCUGUGCUGCGACACCAAGGGCUGCGGGGACUGCAGGGGGAACGACCCCAACAUCGACACCAACGCCUGCCUGGACGAGAUGCGAGCCAUGAGGCAGCCGCUGCACCCACCUGGCAGGGGGCAGGAGAGAGAGCAUGGGGGAGAUGGGAGAGCAGAGGAUGUAGGGGAGAGGAGGGGGCACCUUCGGACGGCUGGGGAGAUGAUGGGGGGGCUGCAGGCACCUUAA